AUGCCGACGCCUUCAAGCUACGCUCUGGUUUCUUUGCCGCUGAGGGCGUUCGACACCGAUGAUGCCCUGUCUGCGCUGCGCGGAACCAUCACCUCAGACAACGGCUCCGUCCAACCCUUCACAAUACCUGAGUUCAAAAUCGGUACUCUCGAUGCGCUAGUUCAGCAGGCCGAUGACCUCACCAAGCUCGAGGCGGCAUGCCAGGGCGUCGUGUCUCGCGUCGCUGACUCGCUCAAGAACCUCCUCGAUGGAGACGAGGAGAAGGUUGCGCAGCACAAGACUGUCAACGAUAAGCCUACCGACCACUAUAUAACCCAUUUCAGUUGGAACAAGGUUAGGUACCGAGCGGACAGGCCAUUGGGAGAGCUCAUAGACACAAUGCAAAAGGAGCUCGUCAACAUCGACAAUGACGUCAAGGGCAAAUUCACCCAGUACAACUCGACCAAGUCAACCAUGGCGGCUUUGCAACGGAAACAGACAGGCAACCUUGCCACCAAAUCUUUGACCCCUAUUGUCAAACCCUCCCUUUUGGUGCAAGACUCGGAGUACCUAGAAACAAACCUCAUCGCCGUGCCGUCGAUUGCAAAGAAGGACUUCCUCAAGACUUACGAAACACUUGCUCCGAUGGUCGUACCCCGCUCUUCAGUUCAAGUGGCGCAGGAUGACGAGUUUACUCUGUUCGCCGUAACGACUUUCAAGAAGACGGCUGCCGAGUUCCUCCAGAAGUGCCGAGAACAGAAGUGGACACCGCGCCAGUACAAGUACGUCCAGGGCGGACAGGAGGAGGAAAAGCGCGAGCUGGAGCGCAUCGCCAAGGAAGAGCGCAAGGUCUUCCAUGAGGCGCUGCGCCUUGGCAGGACGGGAUGGAGCGAGAGCGUCAUGGUGUGGGCACACGUGAUGGCCCUCCGGGUGUUUGUCGAAACUGUCCUGCGCUAUGGCUUGCCGCUGGAGUUUGUCUCUGCCCUGGUGAAGACAAAUCCCAAGCUGGUGAAGAAGGUCAAGACCUCGUUGGACAAGUCAUUCUCUUAUCUUGGAGGAAACGCUUUUGGGCGGGACAAGCAAGGCAAGAUCAAGCAGGACGAUGCCGCAUUGACGUCUGAGAUUGCCGCUGCGGGAGUUGGUUUUGGGGAGGGCAACGAGUACACACCUUACGUGUACUACGAGUUUGAGCUACCGUAG